AUGGCUGGUUGGUCUGCUGAGAAUGCCACAAAAGCUUUCCUCAGAGCCUUGAAAAUGGGAAAAGUUGGCAAAGAGCCUGAUGUCGGAGAGUUCAUAUCAGCAAUUGCAGCAGGCAACAAUGCACAACUCAUGGUGAUGGUCUGUGCAGGCAUUGCUGGAUCAACGACCGCAUUAGCAUUAGUCGCUGCAGCGCAUCAAACCGGAGGCCGUGUUGUCUGUAUUCUACCAAGGCCAGACGGAUUGCAGGCCUCCAAAAUUGCACUUGGAAACUACUCCAACUCUGUUGAGUUUGUAACUGGGGAGGCCAAGACCCUACUGUUGGAUGACUAUAAAGAAGCAGAUUUUGUGCUUAUUGACUGUAAUAUUCACCACCCAAAAGAGGUUUUUCAAGCGGCAAAGAAAAGCUCAGAGCUUGAUGGAGGUCUUGUUGUGGGUUACAAUGCCCUUCACAGGGAAUCUAAUUGGCAGAGCGAUCAUGAAUUGAAGGCACAUUUUCUACCCAUUGGAGAGGGCUUGCUGGUCACUAGAACUGGUAAGAGGCAUGGUGGUGGUGGAAAUAGAAGGGGUCAUUGGGUGGUUAAAAUAGAUAAGUGCACUGGGGAAGAACAUGUAUUUAGGAUUAGAGAUCCACAAAAGAAAUGGAUUGAAGCUUGA